AAGAGGGAGAGCGAGAGAAAGAAAAUUCAAACUUCAAAGGGCGUAAGCAUGCCUUCAUGGACUUUGGAAAGACUAGUACCUACUAUUAUUAUCAUUCCCAUCCGUCGUUCCCACCCCCCAAAACCAAAAUCCCUUUUAGCGCAUCCCGCCUCUCUCUCUCUCUCUCUCUCUCUCUCUACUCUAUCAACAGGUUCUUCUCUUCUUUCUCUGAGCUCCUGAGGUCUUGGAAGAGUUUUCUUUCGAAGCCACUGUUAAACAGUUUUACAUAGAAAGGCUGGUAUCACUGAGUUAUGACUUGUUUUCCUUUCUCAUUCAGUAGGAAAGGGAGACCGAAGACACAAGGAAGCUUUGAUGUUGAUGAUGAUGUGUCAGGCAUUCACAAUGUGAGACUUUACACUUACAAAGAGUUGAGAGCUGCUACUGCAGAUUUUAGUCAAACCAAUAAAAUUGGGGAGGGUGGUUUUGGUUCUGUGUAUAAGGGACGGCUUAAAGAUGGGAAGAUUGCUGCUAUAAAAGUUCUUUCAGCCGAGUCAAGACAGGGAGUGAAGGAGUUCUUGACUGAAAUUAAUGUGAUCUCAGAUAUAGAGCAUGAAAAUUUGGUUAAGCUCUACGGCUGUUGUGUGGAAGAAAAUCACAGAAUUUUGGUCUACAACUAUCUUGAGAAUAAUAGCCUUGCACAAACACUUAUCGGUGGAAGUCAAAGUAAUAUCUACUUUAAUUGGCGAACAAGGACUAAGAUUUGUAUUGGUAUUGCACGUGGGCUUGCCUUCCUUCACGAGGAAGUACGACCCCAUAUUAUUCACAGAGAUAUCAAAGCAAGCAAUAUUCUCCUUGACAAAGACCUAACACCCAAGAUUUCAGAUUUUGGGCUUGCAAAGCUUAUCCCACCCAACAUGACUCACGUUAGCACACGUGUGGCAGGAACAAUAGGUUAUUUGGCACCAGAAUAUGCAAUAAAGGGGCAAUUAACGCGGAAAGCAGAUAUUUACAGUUUUGGUGUCCUUCUUAUGGAAAUAGUAAGCGGGAGAUGCAACACAAAUACACGAUUACCUAUUGAAGAACAGUAUCUCCUAGAAAGGAUGUGGGAACUUUAUGAACAAAGGGUGCUGGUUGGACUGGUUGACCCAGCAAUGAAUGGUGAUUUUGAUGCAGAGGAGGCUUGUAAAUUUCUGAAGAUUGGUCUUCUCUGCACCCAAGACGCUCCAAAGCUCCGGCCAUCCAUGUCAACUGUUGUCAAGAUGCUAACUAGUGAGGUUGAUGUUGAUGACAUUAAGAUAACAAAGCCAGGCUUGAUUACCGAUUUCAUGGACCUCAAAGUGCGAGGUGCCCAGAAAAGUAAGCUGGACAUGAAGGAUAAGCCUGACAUGAAAAAUAAAUCUUAUACCAUAUCCUCAGGCUCAGACAACCUGGACAGUUCUACCUUAUCAUCAGCAACGACGACUGCUGCAACUUUGACCUUUACUGCAAUGUACGACCAGAGCAGUUGAACAUCAACAUGAACAAUUUGUCAAUUCAAAUUUACUCGGUUACAGUCUUAGGGUUAUGAGGCUUACUGUCUUGUGUAAAUUUUACAACAUUUUUUUCUGUUUACCUUUUGAUCGUAGGAUUAAAAUUUUAUUCAUUCUAGUUCUUUAGUUUCUGAAGGUUGUUAUCUGUGUAAACUUUACAACCUCGUUUCUUGUUCGAAGCUUUCACCUAGAUCUUUAGCCAAUGCUACUCUCUUGUAAAUGGACCAGGUUUGGUAACCUUAAAGAAAUUUUUUGGUAUGGGGCUGAUUUUUUAAAAUUACAUGAAGUUUCAGCAUUAUAAGAUU